AUGUAUGAGUCUGUCAUGGGUAACGUGUACGAUGCUAAGACAAACCCCAAUAGGAUUGUUGUUCCAGGCGUAGCGGACCACGCCACGCAGCCUGAGAUCGCGAAAUUAGUCUCCCAGCAUGAACUUGAGCUGUCAGCGAAUGAUUUCGGAUACGGUGAGGGUCCAUGGAGUGGCGGGCGUUUGCAGCAGGCACUGGCUCGGCACAUGAACAAGAACUUCAAACCUGUUGUCGAGAUCCAGCAGCACGACAUCCCAAUGGUGAACGGAGUCACGACCGUGAGCGAGUUGCUAGGCUGCACCAUUGCAGAGCCUGGCGACGGCAUUCUGAUGGGCAGUCCGAUAUACUAA